AUGGAGGCGCCUGGCUUGGCCGAUGCCGCCAUCAUCAUCAGCAACGCCCGUCAGCUUCGGGACGGGUUGGUCCCCCAUCCCCUAACCGUCGGCGGUCCCUAUUACGCCAGGGAGAUCAUGGCGAUGGAUUUGUCGGACAUGACACAGCACCCCCAGGCUGGCAAACGAAUGUCAGACUGGGCGAGCAGUGCCACGCACUGCACGACGACCUUUGACGACUUCGAUGAUCGAACUGCAUAUUCCAUGUCGACCGCGCCUCCUCGUCGGGGACCUGCGGUGCAAUACCAAUACGACCAGCGUCCCGAUGUUCCGGAGCCCGCCUAUGCGUGGUCCCAGUCGUGGUCUGAGGCGAAUGUAGCGGCGACAGAUCCGGGAGUGGACAUGCUCCUCAGGGGGUUCCCCUGCGAGUUUCGCAAUCUCUCACACUGCUUUCUGGAGUUCGCCUUUGACCAGGUCGAGCUGUGGAUACAACACGUCGCGGACGGCCAUCUGGGCCAUCGGUUUCCUCGGGAAAGCCGCUGUUGGUUCUGCGACAUGAAGUUCGUCGCUGAAACAAAUCGCCGAGACAAAAAGUCGGGUGUCUUUCGCGAGCGCAUGUACCACAUCGCGGAGCACCUUUACAAGGGUGUGACGGCCGCAAGUAUCCGGCCAGACUUUCCCCUGCUGGAUCACCUUUGGGAAUACCGCAUCAUUGACGAUGCGGCGUUUCAGAGGGGCAAGGGGCAGAGCGAACGGAUUCCCAUGCCUCGGGACAUGACGUUCGGGCCUGUCCCGACCGCGCCGCCUCGGGGUGAAAUAUAUCCGGAGGAACGGCGGGGACGACACCGCCCCAAGGGAACAACACACCAUAGGAAUCGCGGUGCGAAAUGA